AUGAUUAAACAUGGUGUACAUCUAACUGUUGUUAAUUAUAACACAUUCAUGAAUAGUAAUUGUUUGAUUAAUGAAGUGAAGAAGGCCAUAGAUAUAUUCAACAAUAUGGUCCACAAGGGAGUGAUACCCAAUGUUAAGAGCUACAACAUCAUUAUUAAUGGAUUGUGCAAGAAUAAAAUGGUGGAUGAAGCCAUGAACCUCUUUAAAGAAAUGCAUAAUAAGGAGAUUGUUCCUAAUGUGGUAACUUAUGGGACCCUCAUUGAUAGUUUUUGCAAAUCGGGGAAAAUCUCUAUUGCUUGGGAGCUUGUAGAUGAGAUGCAUGAUAAUCUUGACAACGCAAUUUCAUUGGUUAACGACAUUCAAGGCCAAGGCUAUCAACUAACUGUCUGGACGUAUAAUAUUAUGAUAAAUGGGUUUUGUAAGGAUUGGUUGUUUGAUGAAGCACUUGCUUUGUUAUCAAGAAUGGAAGACAAUGGUUGUAUUCCUGACAUUGUGAGCUAUGAAACAAUUAUUUAUGCCCUCUUUGAACAAAAUGAGAGAGAUAAGGCAGAAAAGCUUCUACAGAAAAUGAUUUCUAGAGGUCUAAUAUUGAAAAAUGGUGCUGGUUGGUGUGGUCAAGAAGUCCCUGAGGAGGAAAGUGUAGGAAAAUGUAAUGGCUCCACUGCCGCACAUCAACAAAUGCAACUCAGAGUAGCACGUGAAAUGAUACUGUUGGAAUAUUAUAAAUAUCUUAUAAUUACUCGUAUAAUCAAUUUGUAG